AUGAAGCCGCUGAUAUUAUUGUACGCCGUUGCGAACGCUGCUACGCGUCUCCGAGGCCUGCAGGAACCGCGGAGUUUGCAGGAAGUUAUCGAUUUUGACUUUGUGGAAGUCACGUACCCCGCGGUCACACACGUGGUUUUAGGUGAGGAGGAGGACAUGACGGUGGGCGGGAUGGGCAGCACGGUUGCGCCGGAGGAGAAGUUUGCGUUGUACGAGGAACAAGCGCGCGAAAGUUUCCGGAACUUCAAGUUGCAGGUGGACGAGUACGUGAACACGCUCAGCGACAAUGAAGCAGUGAAUGCAGCCAGUCGUCACGUGAAAGGGUUCUAUCGCUGGGCCAUGAACCGGGACACCUGGGAGUCGGUGGCCAUUUUGGCGGUGGUCGGCCUGGUAUUGUUCGCCCUGCUGUCGCUCGUUUGCAAGAUCCUCUCGAUUGUUUUCGGCAUCGUCUGUCUCCCCUUCAAAUGUCUCACCUGCUGUUGCAGACCCUCUCGGAGAUCCAGGUAUUAUUAA